CACACACCGAUGGGUAGUAUAACUCGACAGAACACCGGUCCAAAGUCAAAGUCUUCUGUUUAGGUUUUCUGCUAAAGUCUCUGACUUUCCCUACGUAAGAUGGAGAACACCACAGCAGACAGUAUCACUCUUCAGGUGCUGAAGGAAGCACGGGAGACGGUGAUGUCCAGCCCUCUGGAGGUGAUCAACACCCCCAUGAUCCCGUGGGCUCAGACCACACUGCCUCUCCACGAGUCCUGCAGCAUCCACCUGAAGCUGGAGAACAUGCAGAGGACAGGUUCAUUUAAAAUCAGAGGUGUAGCAAAUCAGUUUGCUCGAAAAGCCAAAGGAGGUCAUUUUGUCACAAUGUCAGCAGGGAACUAUGGAAAAUCAUUUGCCUUUGCCUCUAAACACUACGGAACCAAAGGCAAAGUGGUGAUGCCUGAAACCGCCCCCAUCUCCAGAUCCCUGCUAAUACAGAGUUUUGGUAUAGAAGUUGAGCGAGUGCCGACGCCACGUCUCUUGGAUGUAGUCAAUCACUGUGUUCAAGAGGAAAACAUGACCUUCAUGCAUUCUUUCAAUGAUCCAGAUCUCAUAACAGGACACGCCAGUCUAGGCUUUGAGGUUCUGGAGGUGGUUCCUAAUCCUGAUAUAGUGGUGGUGUGCUGUGGUGGAGGGGGGUUACUGGCUGGAGUGGCCGCUGCCAUUAAAUUGUCAGGAUGUGAUGAAACAAAAAUCUAUGGAGUGGAGCCAGAAGGAGCAUGCACAAUGUACAAAAGCUUCAUUGAGAACAAACCUGUCGGCAUGGACAGCAAAAGCAUCGCUUCUGGUCUUGCACCUCCCUUUGCAGGUGCUCUACCGUUUGCACUGUGUCAGAAGUACGUGGAGGAGAUAGUGCUGGUAACAGAUGAGGAAAUCAAGUCUGCUGUGUCCACACUCUACAGAGCUGGUCUGGUAGUAGAACCAUCAGGUUCUGCUGCUUUUGCUGCUGUCAUUAACGGCAGAAUACCCAACAUCACCGGCAAAACUGUGGUGGUCAUUCUGAGUGGAGGAAACAUUGGGAAAGAUGAGCUCACCAAUUUCCCUGACUGAGAUAGGAGUUUAAAACAUGCAUUAAUGCAUCAUCCUAAAAUGUGAUUUAUAUGAUAUUAAUUAUAGUAUAGGUAUAAAUAUUCAUGAGCAAAAGCCUAAAUUCUAUCGUUUCUUCUAACCCACUCCUCCACUGGACUAAAGCAGCGUUAUACCGGAUCACCAAAGCAUCAUUUUUUUUUUCAUAAAAAACAGGUCCCAGGGCAUUCAUUCAUACUAGAGACCUCAACUAGACAUUUUAAAAUGAAUGAAAAAUAUGAGACCUUUAAGGCAGAAAUACAGUAUGCUCGUAAUUCAAGUCACUCCUGUGAAAAUGCUGCUAUAGAAAAUAAAGAUGUAGCAUAAAUUAUCUGA